GGGGUGGAUGGUGCCACCUUUUUGAAAAGUAGGUUUUUUUUGCGAUCCGCGCCUUCUCAAAAAAGGUUAUUUAAUAAUCUUUCGGUUCAUCUUGUCCAUUUUUUCAAUCUUUAUCUGUCUUUUUUUCCCCCUUUUAUUUUCCAUACUCGAAAAUAAAAGCCUUCCUCUGUUUAUUUUCUUUAUUCUACACCCAAUUACCUUGCCGAAUUCAUAGACACAAAUGUUUUCGCGACUGCACAGGAGCAAAAACCACGGCACACGCAUAGCCCGUACACUCCGGUGCUACUCCACUGUGCCGCCCAAAGCGCUCUCGCCGACAUCGUCAGGAUAUUCGCUUAUAGGCUGCAUCGGCGUCGCAGCAGUGACCGGAGCCGCCGGUCUAUACCUAGGCACGCAACUAUCGGAGCGCAAACAGCCACAGACUCCGAGUGGCGCCGCGCUGGGCAGCGAGGUCAAUGGACUCCAGGCACCGGCAUCCAUCCCAAACACAGACUACGAGAACGAGCCCAAACCUGGCUACUACACAGAAGACGAUAAGCCAAUGCACGAGCGCAUGGAGUGCUUCGUGCUUGAUCUGCAGGAUCGGCUGGUUACAGCGCUGGAGUCGCUAGAGCCGUCGAAAAAGUUUUUGCGCGACCGGUGGCAGCGCGAGGACGGGAAGGGCUAUGGGAUCUCAUGUGUGCUGCAGGACGGAGUGGUAUACGAGAAGGCUGGAGUCAAUGUCAGCGUGAUUGAAGGCACGUUGACCGCCGGGCAGCUUAAAUCCAUGCGCGAUCGCAAUCCGCAGACAGCGCAAAAACUCGAUGUCGGUGAGGAGUAUGAUUUCCGCGUCGCCGGAGUCUCCGUCGUCGUCCAUCCGCGCAACCCGUAUGCGCCGACGGCGCACAAAAACUACCGGCGCUUCGAGUUAUAUAGGAAGAGCGAUAAGGCGGCAGGCCCGGUGAUGGCGUGGUUCGGCGGCGGCGCCGAUCUGACGCCGGCGUAUUUAUUCGAGGACGACGUCAGGUAUUUCCACCAAACACUGAAGCAUGCCUGCGACGCCCAGACACGGCGUACUAUCCGCGGUUCAAGGCCUGGUGCGACAGGUACUUUACUAACAUUCACCGCAACGAGACCCGCGGCGUCGGCGGCAUCUUCUUUGACGAUCUGAGGAUAAGGCGCCCGAGCAGCUGUUUAGGUUUGCUUAUGACUCAGGAACUCGUUUAUCCGCGCGUACGUGCCCAUUGUGGCCAGGCGCAUGGCAAUGCCGUAUUCGGUGCGUGAGCGGAACUGGCAGUUGCUCCGCCGCGGCCAUUACGCCGAGUUCAAUUUGGUGUAUGACCGUGGCACCAAGUUCGGUUUGAUGACGCCCGGUGCGCGCAUUGAAUCCAUAUUGAUGUCGUUGCCGCUGACGGCGCGCUGGGAAUACAUGAACAAGCCAGAUCCUGGCUCACCAGAGGACAGC